AUGAGUCUUACCCGUUCUAUCCAUCCUCUAAGGCUUCCUCCUCUCCUCCGCCUCCUCUUACUUGGGCUGACUUGGACAGUCUUCCUCCUCCUGCCACUCCAUCUCCUCCUCUUCCCGCUCCCUCCACCGUCUCUGACCCGCCACCACCCCCUCUCCAGCACCACGCAGUCUCCUCUGCUCCUUCCUCCCCCCUCCCCUUACCCACCAGCUCCCCCUCUUUCCUUUCCUCUUGCUCCCACUCCCAUCUCUGACACCGAUACUACUCCUCCAGCUCCGCCCCCUUCGCCCAUCGCUUCUCGCACACGCUCUCAUAAAGCCCCAAAACCGCUCUCCCUUUCCGUUUGUGUCUCCCUCAAUCCUCCUCCUGUUGGGGCCCAGUAA